AUGUCUAAUCAAGACAGCCAUGCAAAGGAAUACAUCAAAUUGCUAAGUAUAUGCAAAUACUACAUUGACUCAUAUCAUGCAUUGUAUAACCUGAAAACGGAAAAAGAAGAAGAAUUAAACUUAAUUUACAACAAGAUCAAGACAGAAUUUAUUGAUUCAAAGAAAUCUCUUCCCACAAAUAUAAUAAAAGAUAUUUUGGAGAUAAUUCCCUAUAAUAAUCGCUAUGCAAAUUCAUAUUUAUAUCUUGCCAAACUCAUAUCUGAUGAAUAUCAAGUCAAGGAGGUCAACAAUGUUAUACCUAUCUCAAGCUUCUUGUUUUUCAAAAAAUAUGGAAUUAAAUUAAACAAGUCUGUUGAUUUCGAAAAAAUUCAAUUUGAAAACCCUGAUAUUCAUACAGAAAAUACAAUUUACAGAGCCAUUAUGUAUGAUGAUCUAAAAAGAUUCAUCGCAUUCACAGAAAAAGAAGGAUUUAAUGAAAAUCGAAUACUUAAAUGCAGUUUAUAUCCACAUCCUGGAUAUACAUUACUUGAAUUUUGUUGUUAUCAUGGAGCAGUUGAUUGUUUUAAGUUUUUAAGAACUAAAUUUAAAUCAGAAAUAACUCAAUGGUGUCUAAUUCUUUCAUUUUUAGGAAGAAAUCAGGAGAUCAUGAGUGAGUGUUUGAAAUAUCAGAAACCAGAUUAUGAAUGCAUGGAAUUUGCGAUUAUUUCGCAUAACAUUGAUUUUGUUGCAUUCUUGAUGAAUGAGUUCGAAUUACGUAUUUCAAUCUAUGAUUGCGGAAAAUAUAAUAAUCUUGCUGCAUUUUUGGUUUUUUUCGAUCAAACUAAUGAUAUUAACAAAUGCUUUGCUUAUUCAUCAAUGUUUAAUAUUCCAUCCCUUUGCGAAUUUUUCCUUUCAUGUGGUUUAAGCAUCAAUACAUGUUUUUAUGAUGGAAGAACUGCUCUCCAUUGUGCGGCAUAUAACAAUAGUAAAGAAACUGCCGAAUAUCUUAUUUCACAUGGUGCAAAUAUUAAUCAAAAAGAUCAAUAUAAAAAACCGCUCUUCAUUUUGCAACAGAAAGAUAUAAUAAAGAAAUUGCCGAAUAUCUUAUUUCACAUGGUAUAA